UCAUGAUGUCCUUUUGGGGUGGCUUCGUGGCUAUUUCUGUAUAGGAAGGUUUGCGAGUCCCCUGGAGUCUGGCUGUGCUGGAUAGCAUGACUCUCUAUCCACCCGCUCUGAUUCAUAACAGCAUACGGUGCAAACCCAAUCGAAAUGCUCAAGUUGCCCAUUCAUUCGGUGUUGGCUAAUCAGGAGGCUACCAGCAGCCCUGAGCAUAGCAACACCUUGUUAGAAACUCCUCUCCCUUCCCAGGAUGGGCAGCUGGAACCACUGAACGAGGGUUUUCUUUCUAGAAUCUCUGAUCUGCUGAUGUGUAGAUGGAGCUGCCGGCACUGCUGUCAGAAGUGCUACGAGUCCAGCUGCUGCCAGUCAAGUGAGGAUGAAGUGGAAAUCCUGGGGCCUUUCCCUGCGCAGACUCCUCCCUGGCUGAUGGCCAGCCGCAGCAGCGAGAAGGAUGGCGACUCCGUCCACACAGCCAGCGACGUCCCCCUCACUCCCCGGACCAACUCCCCGGAUGGGAGACGCUCGUCCUCAGACACAUCCAAGUCCACCUACAGCCUGACCCGGAGGAUUUCCAGUCUGGAGUCGCGGCGCCCCAGCUCCCCGCUCAUCGACAUCAAGCCCAUGGAGUUCGGCGUCCUCGGCGCCAAGAAGGAGCCCGUGCAGCCGUCGGUGCUGCGCCGGACCUACACCCCCGACGACUACUUCCGGAAGUUCGAGCCGCGGCUCUACUCCCUGGACUCGAGCAGCGACGACGUGGACUCGCUGACGGACGAGGAGAUCCUGUCCAGGUACCAGCUGGGCAUGCUGCACUUCAGCACGCAGUACGACCUGCUGCACAACCACCUGACGGUGCGCGUCAUCGAGGCCCGCGACCUGCCGCCCCCGCUCGCCCAGGACGGCGCGCGCCAGGACCUGGCGCACUCCAACCCCUACGUCAAGGUGUGCCUGCUGCCCGACCAGAAGAACUCCAAGCAGACGGCCGUCAAGCGCAAGACCCAGAAGCCCGUGUUCGAGGAGCGCUACACCUUCGAGAUCCCCUUCCUCGAGGCCCAGCGGAGGACCCUGCUGCUGACCGUGGUGGACUUCGACAAGUUCUCCCGCCACUGCGUCAUUGGGAAAGUGUCCGUGCCCCUGUGCGAGGUGGACCUGGUGAAGGGCGGGCACUGGUGGAAGGCGCUGAUCCCCAGCUCUCAGAAUGAAGUGGAGCUGGGGGAGCUGCUCCUGUCUCUGAAUUACCUCCCGAGUGCCGGGAGACUGAAUGUGGACAUCAUCCGAGCCAAGCAGCUUCUUCAGACCGAUGUGAGCCAAGGCUCAGACCCAUUUGUGAAAAUCCAGCUGGUGCACGGACUCAAGCUCGUGAAAACCAAGAAGACAUCCUUCUUAAGAGGCACCAUUGACCCUUUCUACAAUGAGUCCUUUAGCUUCAAGGUUCCCCAAGAAGAACUGGAAAAUGCCAGCCUCGUGUUCACAGUGUUCGGCCACAACAUGAAGAGCAGCAACGACUUCAUCGGGAGGAUUGUCAUCGGCCAGUACUCCUCGGGACCCUCCGAGGCCAACCACUGGCGACGGAUGCUCAACACCCACCGCACGGCCGUGGAGCAGUGGCACAGCCUGAGGUCGCGGGCGGAGUGUGACCGCGUGUCCCCUGCCUCCCUGGAGGUGACCUGAGGGCCGCAGGGGCGACAGCUUUCAAUUGCUUUAAAAAAAAGAAAAAAAAGACAGAAAAAUGUGUCACCUCCCUAUUUCCAUCCACACCCGCACACACCCUUCCGCGCAGACACACACACACACGCACACGCACACACGCUCACCUACGACCUCUCAGAACCCAGAGGAAGCAGACUAUCGACCACACAACGGCCGCCCUCCCUGAGGGAGGCCUGAGAACUUUCUAGAAGCCCCCGUGACAUCUCGAGCGCUGAGUGGGCCGUGGGACUUAAUGCCAGCGCUGCUCCUGUUGAUACCCUUGUCCCCAAAUGCACUUUGUACCCCGAGGGGAGAAAGGGCCUCCCGAGUGAGCCAAUCUCCAAGACUAAGUUGAGCGAGAGUUUGGCCAGCAGGUGGGAGCCCUGAUCCCCCCGUCCUGAAACCCACCCCUGGGCGGGCGGCUGUUCCCUGGGGCUCUCCAAACCCAGUACCUCUCUCCAAAGGUGUAAGUAUCGUCGUCUCCUCCUUAGUGACUGUCACAUAGAGAUUAGACUAUUUGGAGAAACCAAAUAGCCACACACACGCAGAGCUAUCCCAAGCGUGAGAGCCCUCUCCUGGCUGAACCGAACCUGUCCUUGUGUCAGCUUACCCCAGGGGACUGACUCCCCGGGGGCCUGUGCGUGUCCGUCUGUGUGCAUGUGCCCCUCCGCUGAACACUUCUGUGCCUACGUGUCCUGGAGAGCAGGUACCGGCCAGGACCCCCGCCCUGAGCAUGCCCUCUGUCCACCUCCCGUGCCCUGUGAGAUUUCACCCAGUCCCUGUGUCCCCUGUCUGUCGAAGACCCCCCCCCUCGGGUGACGGGGAUAUGUGUGUGUGUCGAGUCACCAGGACGUGAAUCCUGGCGAUGAAGACCCACCGAGGACUUCCGUGGAGUCACGCGGCCACACACCCCCUCCGUGAUCAUCACCUUAACCACACUCGGAGGAGCUGGUGUGUCCGUGUGUGGACCGAGGCCCCUCUCAGGGGCUGGGGAAUUAGUGUAGAACUAGCACAGGUCUCUCCCUCUCCCUGUGGGAUGCUUCGUGUCUUUCCCCGCAGUGUACCGUCUAGCGUGGUGAGGAGCUGUUUAUUGAAAUUAAAGAUUAUUUAUUUGUGCCAUGUA